CAGCCGCUUCCGGCUGCGCAGGGAGGGAGCCGUGUGGGUUAAGAUGGCGGACGGGGUGCUGAGCCCCGGGGUGAACCUGGAGGCUUUCUCACAGGCCAUCGCCGCUAUCCAGGCGCUUCGUUCCAGCGUGACGCGGGUCUUCGACUGCCUAAAGGAUGGGAUGAGGAACAAAGAGACCCUGGAAGGCCGCGAGAAGGGCUUCGUGGCCGCCUUCCAGGAGAGCCUGCACUCCGUCAGCCGUGAUUUGGGUGAGCUGGAGCGUCUGAGCAAUCUGGUUGGUAAACCAUCUGAGAACCAUCCCUUGCACAACAGCGGGCUGUUGAGCCUGGAUCCUGUUCAGGACAAAACGCCUCUUUACAGCCAACUUCUUCAAGCCUACAAAUGGUCAAAUAAGCUGCAGUACCAUGCCGGGUUAGCAUCUGGCCUUUUGAAUCAGCAGUCUUUGAAACGCUCGGCCAACCAGAUGGGAGUAUCUGCGAAACGCAGACCAAAAGCCCAGCCAACAACUCUGGUCUUACCUCCUCAAUACGUUGAUGAUGUGAUCAGUCGCAUCGAUAGGAUGUUCCCUGAGAUGUCUAUCCAACUCUCCCGGCCCAAUGGGACCUCUGCAAUGCUGCUGGUUACCUUAGGAAAAGUGUUAAAAGUGAUCGUGGUGAUGCGGAGCCUCUUCAUUGACCGGACAAUAGUAAAAGGAUACAAUGAAAACGUCUAUACAGACGAUGGCAAGCUUGAUAUAUGGUCCAAAUCCAACUACCAGGUGUUUCAGAAGGCAGGAUACCUGGGUGUGUAUAAUUUGAUGGGGGACAGCUCCCAGACGGCCCAUUACUGUUAAAGCAUCCAGUCAUUUUGUGAGUUCCCCAGAGCCUUCUGCAGUCUGGUCCUAGGGUGAGUAAGUUUCUCAGCUAUUGAAUCCACCAGCAGGGUUAGGUUCAGAGAAUGGAGCUGGGAAACAGGAGGAUGAAAGGGCAGAAGCUCAAGGAGAACUGAAAAGGUUUUCAGCCUCCUGUAUUAGUCUGACAUUUAAACUCGUCAGGUGUGGCAACUGAUCUCAAACAUCCUUAUUUUAACACCUCGUGUGUCUUUGUCUGCCAGCAAAAGAGGAGGAACAAAGCAGGAAAUCAGAAACUAUUUUGGUGCUUAAAUCUUAGGAAAAAAAAUGUACAAUUCCAGAUCAUCGUGCAGAGAAUUAAAUAUAUAUAUAUUGACUGUAGAGAAUGUAAUGUUUGUAACUUUGCAUUCAGGAAAGGAGACACAUAGUGCAGCAGAACUGCUCUGAAUGGAUCAGAACUGUGCUACGGGGGAGACAGUGUCAGAUGUUAACUGUUUCCUUUGCCAGCUGCUCAGUGAGCUGCUCUGUAAUGUGCUGGUCUGGACUGGUUGAGUCACAUGUAGGCUGUAAGCUCGUUUAUUUCUGUCUGAUCCCAAUCUCUUCUUUACACCUACGUGGUCUCCAUUUCAGCAUGCCAUUAACUGAUUUCCUUUUUGGUUUGAUCACUUCUCCCAAGUCACAUUUUAAUCUAGACUUUGAGAAGCUAUCGGUGCCUAUCCAGCUGCUGCAAGGUGUGUGAUCCCCAGGUGGAACUCAAAGCACAAUCUUCUCCACUCCAAGGGCAUAUAAGUAUUGUAAUGUAUGAAGAUGUAUUCUUGUCAAUAAUCUAGGAAUAAAAUCACGUGUAAAAUGAAUGCAUGCAUGAGACAGCUAUCGGGCUAUUGAUGCUGUCUGCUCAAGGAGAGGGGAUGGACUUUUCCAGGUCACCCACAUCAUUGCUUCCCUGCAUGAUCAGCGCGUGGCUGUCUUUGGGGACCUGCUUAAGUGGAAUAAAACCUGUGACCCGGUCUGAAUGAGCAGAACAAGCAAAGCGAUGAAGAAAUCCUGUGCUCCACAAAAGUAUGGCAGCGUUUUACUGAGCGGGGUGUGGGGAAAGGUGUGUGAAGGAUUUCUGUGGCAUUAUCAGCGCUUGUUUGCCGAGGUGCCAUUUAUCAUCCUCCCUGAGCAACCUGCUGAUUCCCUCCAGGGAGACUCCAGUGCUUACCUGCAGUGCAGAUUGACUGAUGGGAAUCCUUGGAAAUGAACAGAGGCACUUGUGCGGUUUUCCAUGGUAGAAGAGGUCUGAACACUAAUAACACGUAACUUUUUCUUCCUUUCCAUGCUCUGAUUAUCCUCUAGAACUCGUUGCCUUAGGCUGCUGUUAAGGCCGUGAACUUAGUAGGGUUUACUGAAAAAAAAAUGAAAAACUUCCUGGGGAUUUGGAAGAAUCCCGUUAUAUUAGAUUGAGUUCUCAGUGCUGCACUCGGGGGAAUAAACCAAUAAGUAAGUCGCAAGAAAAGUUAUGACUCUUAAGGGAAGUUUAUUACCUACUCUUGAAGAGCGCGUCCAAUAGCAGUGAGAAAAUAUUAGAGUAGAGAGACAGCUUCUAUGAUUCAGUCAAGUGAAAUGUUCUUACUUUUCUGUUUUGUGUUUGUGUUUUCUGUUUGUGCCAGAUAUAGCUUCGUACCUCUAUGGAACCUCAUCUGUGGUGGAGAGCUGUGCCGCAGGUCCCUGAUUGUGCACUUCAUACGGCCAUUAGAGGAAGCACUUGUUCAGAAUGCCCAGGCUUGGAGCUGUGGGAUUCUUUUCUGAAUGAAUUUUCAGCAUUGCAAAUGUAUGACUAAUGGUGUUAGCAGGGCCCAGCAGUGCCAUUUUGCAGAAUCUCAGCGAAGCAGUGCUAUCAGGUGGCUGGAGUAAUGCUGUAGCAGUGCCUGGUGUUGGCUCAGCAGAGACAAAUCCCAGGGGUUGUGCUUGCUGCUCGCAGCUGAGCACUGCUCUCAGGACCUUUUAUCUGUGUGAGGAGCCAGCACACAGUGACUGGGGGCACCUGGCAUCGCUGCCUCCCCAAACACAGCUGGGAGCAGCAGGGAUGCAUUGCCCUGCUGGGGCUGGGCUGCUCUGUGGGAGGGCUGGGGGUGCAAGGUUUAAUUUGCACAGCAAUGCAGUGAAUAUUAGACCUGACCCAGGCUCGGUCUGUUUCAUACUCCCCGUGCAUCUGGGGCUCGAGGCCAGGGAGUGGUGAUGAGUUUCAGGAGUACACAUUUCUAAUCAGCUUGGAAACAGAGAAUGAGAGAAAAAAAUCUCUCAGGCAAUACAAUUAACUGUUAAGAAGGGAAUUUCUCUUGUUCACACUGGAAACAAGACUGGACUUCAGCAAGGCAGAAUUCCACACAGCCCAGGACAGCUUCAGGUUGUUUCAAAGGAGAAGCCUGAGGCCAUCAUUUCUUUGCCAGAUUUUUUUCUCUUGUCCCUGAAGUGUUUUUUUCCUCUGUCUCAGGGUUGGAACAUGCUUAGUUAAACAAUAGCUGGUCUAUUUAGCAAAAUUGUGGCUUCAGGAGAUUGCUUUUUCUUUCCCUCCCCCCUCCCCUUUGGCAAAGACGCCAGAUGCUUUUCAAUGUAUGAAUUGUGAGAUAUUGAGCUCUUCUCUGAGAUCACUUGAAAAUCUAUUUCAAGGUUCAGAGCAACAGCUAUCCUAAUCAAUGCCUGCUGUCCUGAGCGCGUUCCUGUAUAAAAAGAGGCAGAGAAAUUAGAAAGUGACAGAUAACUGAGAUAGUGGGGAAGAUAUAGCAAUGAAAGUGAAGUUAAUAAAAGAAAAGUCCUGAAAUGCACAAAAUGUCAUCCUGCACCUGGAAUAAAUUCGUUUGUGAUUCCAGCUUGGCUGGAACAAGAAGCAGCGCUUCCCUUGGGUGCUCUGGCACCUAUUCAGUUUGUUUUGCUUUGCUUUGCUGCGGCGUGAAAUCACAUUGCAAUUAGUAAAAGCCCGGCAUUGAUUUUUGAUUUAUUUUUAUUAUUAAAUACAGAAAUCUGGGGCGAUUUAUGCUUUCUGUAAUCAUCUCUCUUAUCUCGGCAGCAUUGAAUGUCCCUGCUGCCCUAUGCACUGCCCAGCGUGUCCUUCUCCCCCUCCUUUUUUGUUUGCCAUCAUGUUUGUUGGUUUGAUCCAGGGGGGCUCAUUCCUGUGUCCUCUCCCUCAGACUUGACACCCACUUUGAUCCAGUGCAGAAGCACUGUACAAGCACUUACUUGUGGUAGGAAUCUCCUCCAUUUUGUUCGGAAGAUGUGAUUAGUGUUGUAGCAAUGCUGGGGUAGCUUUCAUCUCCCUGCGGAAUCUCAUUAGCUUUACAUUACAAUGGGAACAGCAUAUGUGCAACUUUGCCAAAGUGGCCGGACAAUUUAAAUUUGUUCAUAAGAGUAUUUUUAAGCAACUUUCUAUAUCUUCAAUGCCAGGAGAAAACAACUUUGUUGUUCAGGGAAAGAAAUGCUGUUUGUUAGAAGUAGCAACACAGCAGAAGGAGAGCGGCUGCUCAUAAAUAUCUUCAGAACUUUCUAUUCUUUGACAUGUCUGGUGCUAUCCUAUAAAAGCACCAUCUUAAAAGGAGAAGCUCGCGUAGCUGGUGGGAGUUGGGUCGCAGUUGUUUCCAAACGCCGCGUGAGUUGUUUGAGUGACGUGACUGACUUGAGUUACGCCGUGCUGCUAAUGCAUAGUUAAUCCUGUUGGUUUUAUAAUGCAUUGGAUUGAAGUGUGUAAAUAGCUUACGUGGGUCAGGGUCGUAGAAUCAUAUCAUAGAAUCACAGAUUGGACUGGGUUGCAAAGGCCCACAGUGCUCAUCCAGUUCCAACCCCCUGCUGUGUGCAGGGUCACCAA